AAUAAUACGACGACUGUACAUAUUAUAAUAAUAAUAAUGAUAUUAUUAUUAUUUAUUAUGGUAUAGGUAGCUGCGACAUCGGACUCAUUAUUUUCAAGUGUUUUAACGGUGUGCGCGGGUGUGUGUAUUUACGACUAAAUAAUCGCUAUUACAAUGGGUACAUAUUAUGGCAGCGAUAUUGUACGACCCCGCGCGAGCAUGUGCACCGGACGCAGAGUCGUUUUUCCGGUCAAACGCAGUCGCUCCGUCGUCGGAAACGGUCUUCCGGUACGCGAAUGAUCGUCUAGCUGACGUGCCGUAAAAAUAUAAAUCGUGGUUAUCAAUUCCUCAUCUAUCCCAGUCCAAUAUGGCUUGCGAAUCUUCCACUCGCGUUUUGUUGGUCACGGCGAACAUUGGUUCGAUAUUUGAAAAUCCAAGUGUGAUGUUAAAAAUAUGGACUGAAGAAUUCUUGAAUACUGUGAGCAGAUUGGAUCCAUAUUUUAUAGCUUUGCAUUGUCAAGAAGUUGGUGGAAAAAAUUAUGAAGAAAGCAUGAAACACGUCAAUUUUUUUGUUAGUUUAUUGAUGACAAGCAAAGAAUUAAGGAUCUUCAAUAGAGCUCAAGUAUUUCUUGAUGAAGAAUUUACAUCAGCGGAAAAUUUUACAGCUUUGGGGAACUUUUAUUUUAUACAUGAAGCCAUAAAAGAAGCAUCUAUAUGGGAUUUUAAUAAACAAGAGUUUUUAUCAGUCACUGAAAAAACCAUAUAUUCUGGAAAUAUUGAAGAUGUUUCCACAAAAGAAAAGUCUAAAUUUCCUCAAGAUUUUUUUCCAGAAUGCAAAUGGUCACGUAAAGGAUUUUUAAGAACUAGAUGGAAGCUCAAUGGUUCUGUAUUUGAUCUCAUAAAUAUUCAUUUAUUUCAUGACGCUUCAAAUUUUACUGCAAUGCAAUCUCAUUCAUCUGUUUAUUCUAUCAUGAGACAAAAAGCACUUGAAUACACUUUAGAUCGGUUCCGUAAUUAUGAAUUUGGAUUUGCUCCAUUUUUUUUAUUUGGAGAUUUUAAUUUUCGCACAGAUACCAAAGCUGUCAUAAUGAAAAUAGUUGAGGGGUUGGAUAUGGUAAAAGAUGACGUUGAUAAAGAUAACUUAGUUUUUCAGUAUACAGACAAUUCAAAAGAAGUUAUUUUUACUUUAAGAAAAAAAGAAUUUCGUCAUUUGGACCAUCAAAAUAUAUUUGUGUCAAAAAGUGGAUCGUGGUUAAAAGAUUUUGAUCACGAAUUAAAAUCAUUUGAAGAACAAUUGUUUGAAUUUCCUAUAUAUUUUCAACCAAGUUAUCCAUUUGAAGAAAAUGAACACGAAGGAAUGAACUAUAUGCAAACCAGAUGCCCAGCUUGGUGUGAUAGAGUAGUUUUAAGUGCUGGUGCUAAACUUUUAAUUAAUGAAAAGGCAUUAGAAGAAGAUAAUAAUGGUGAAGUGGAGUAUGAUCUUAUUGGAAAGAAAACUUGCAUGGGAGAUCAUAAGCCUGUGUACUUGAAAUGUGACAUAAUGAACAAUGCAGGUUUUACAGAAGUAAAUGUUUGGGAAAGGACAUUGUUUGACUCUAAACUCCCCGAAGACAAGAACUUCGUUCACUUAAAGGAGACUACUGUUUAAAUCAAGACAUAGGUAAUAGGUAUGCUGGUUAUAAAGAAAAAAGAAAUACGUCAAAAUCACUAUACAGUUUUCGGAAAAGAUAUCAUUUUUGUAUAAUAUUGUAUACUGUAGAAUUAUGGAUUUUCAUUUUUCACAGUUAAUUAAGAAAGAAACAAUAAAAAAUUAAAAUAAGUAUUUACAUUUUGCUAAUGAAAACUACGUUGAGCAUUCUUUUUUACAAGAUAACUUAAUGACUAAAAUAAUGGCCAAUUUUUAUCCUUUUUAUCAGUGUGUCCGUGCACCUCCCCACUACACUUAAUAUUAUAUAGGUAUUGUUUAAGCUCAACAUAUUAUUACUUACGGAUAUUUUGGUCAAUUUCAAGUCAGAGAAUUUUACCGAAGAAUAAUUAUUACCUACUACCACGUUAUUCAUAAUUCAUAACUGAUAUUUAGCAGGCGUUUAUUGAUAUUUAAAUACACUUUUUUAGACCAUUCAAACACUAUAGAUUAAUAGGUGUAUCUAUAUUAUUUAUUAUAUUUCUUUAAUUUCCAUUAAUGUCCUAUUAUAUUUAUAUAGUCAAAUAAAUUUUAAAUAUAAUACGCAUACCUAUAGAUACAGACAUAUAGUAUAUUAUUGGUACCUAGGUACCUUUACAUAUCUGCCGUUCAGAAUUUAUAAAGCUUGGAAAGAAUAAUAAUAUACUAAUGUCUAAUAAGUAAUAAUCGAAUUUAUAGAGUUUAUCAAAUAAAUACGAUAAAAAGAAGACCCUGAGGCCUAAAUAUCUAGGUACCUAUAUUACCUAUUAAAUUGCCUUUUUACUAACAAUAUUAAUAUGUUACCUAUACGGUCAUACACAAAUUCGAUAGGCACUUACCUGUUACCACUAAGUCCACUGCAUAUUACUUCAUGUAUGCGAAUUGAUAUUUAUGUUGAUGUACAGUAAUUAGUGUAUAAUAAUAUGUACCUAUUGGACACAUAAAUAUAUUAAUUAUAAUAUUGUAAAAUGAAGCAUAUUUUAAGUCGGUACCUAUACCUACCUAUAUUUAUUAUUAUGUAUAUAAAUAAUAUUACACUGUUGUUGAUGUUAAAUAGUUUAAAGUAUUACGAAUUUACGAUUAAAGCUCGGUAUUGCAUCACAUCCCAUUAGACUUUAACUCUAUCAAUUAGCAGAAUUUCUACGUAAAAAUGGUAUUAUGCUGUAACCAGUAUAGUCUACUUAUUAGGUAUACGUACGUUAUGGUUUUUAAUGUUUUUAUUCACAUCACACGAGUGCCAAGUAUAAUAGACAUAAAAAGCUAAAUAAAUAUGAUAUUGCAAUACUGUGCUACUAUUUAGAUUUCACAAGACCAGACGGUCAUCUCAUUAUAUUAAGUACCUAUUAUUAUUUAUUAAAAUACCUACAUAUAAUAUUACGUACCUAUAUUGUAUUAUGCGGUUAUAAUUAAUAACUAUUAAUUAUUAUUAUAUUUAUUUAUUGUUAUAAUUAUUAUUAUUUAAUCGCUAUACGCGACUUGAUGUAAACAGAUGUGUGAAAAUGUAUUAUAAAUAUGCACGCGAUCUUGAAAAAACUAUGUAUUUCAUCGUAUAGGAAUAAUUUAAUCAAAAUAAUGGUAUAAGAUGACAAUCAAAUAUUAAUUAAAAUGUACAAUUACGGUACAUUACAUGAUAUAUAUUGUGAAAAUCGUUUAUUUCCACGCACUUAUCUGAUACCUACAUACCUAUAUAAUAUUAUAUUCUAUACGUGUUUGUUAAUUAUUUCGUUUUUAAAAUAAUAUUAAAAUAUAUACAUAUA